CAACACAUUUGUGAGAAGGAAGUUCUCACAGACCAGCAGGUCUGUAACCAGGAGAAGAACUCCAGUCUGGACCAGGAGGAUCCAGCGCCUUCACAUAUUAAAGAAGAACAGGAGGAACUCCGCAGCAGUCAGGAGGGAGAGCAGCUUGAACUGAAGCAAGAGGCUGAUAUCUUCAUGGUGACUCGAUCUUAUGAGGAAAGUGACCACAGUGAACCAGAGUCAAACAAAGAGCAGCUCAUUUUUCACAGCUCUCCUGAAGCAGAGAGCCAAGAUCAUGAAGAAAAGCACGUGGACUCAGGAUCAAGUAAAAAUGCAGAGCUGAAGAAGAGGAAACGCAGUCAGAGCUUGGACAACACCACUGUGUCAGAGACUCAAAGUAAAUCUGACAAAGUGAAAAAGUAUGUACAAUGUGAAAUCUGUGGGAAAACCUUACAUACAUCUAAUCUGACUGCCCAUUUAAGAGUUCAUACAGGUGAGAAACCACAUUGUUGCACCACUUGUGGCAAAGGAUUCAUUCAGAAAUCAAAUUUGAAGCGUCAUUUGAGAACACACACAGGUGAGAAGCCAUUUACUUGUAGCACCUGUGGGAAAAGUUUCGGUCUGAAACCAGAGUUGCAACGCCAUCUAAGAAUUCACACAGGUGAAAAGCCACAUUGUUGUAACACUUGUGGGAAAAGAUUUACUGACCUGUCAGGGAUCAUAGCUCACAGGAGAGUCCACACAGGUGAGAAGCGGUAUUCUUGUAGUACUUGUGGGAAAAGAUUCAUUCAGAAAUCAGGAAUGAAAACUCAUGUAAGAAGUCACACAGGCGAGAAGCCGUAUUCGUGUAGCACGUGUGGGAGAAAAUUUAGUCAUAAAUCAACACUGCAAACUCACGUAAAACUUCACACGGGAGAGAAACCACAUUCUUGUAGCAUCUGUGGCAAAAGCUUUGUUCAAAAGCCACACUUAAGUAGGCACAUGAAAAUUCAUACUACUUGAAGUUUCAUGCUUAGAUAAGAUAGCUGUGAGUAGUAGUAGUCUGUUGGUCAUAAAGCUCACACUGACUAGAAGUUUAAUGACUGCAACACUUGAGUGAAGAAGUUGUGUAGAGCAGAGCAGUAAAGAGAAAUGUUUUUUAUUUAUUCAUACAAGGAUGAUACAUUAACAUUUCUGCAUUUUAAAGCCUAUCACAGCUGACGUAGGCUGAUAUGGGUAUGCCCUGGACAGGUCAGCUCCUUAGCUAAAACAUAGAUGGUCAAUUAUUCACACCUAUGGGCAAUUUGGCAAGUAACUAACGCACCAGUUAAUAUAAAAAAGUAUAAAAUCAAACCCUUAAAAAAAAAACAGCAAUAACAACAAUAUUCAUAAUAAAACAAUCAGGUGUCACAAUAAGAUGCCUCUACAAAAACAGUUCCUGUCCACCACAAGACAGAAGGGCACAUCACAGUCCUGAUACUUCCGUGGUGUGUCACUCCUCUUGCUGUCCACCUCGAGACGGUGUAUAAAUAAGCGUUUGCUUUUAGUGCCUUUUUGGACAGCAUCGUUGUCUGUGACAAUGGGAACACGAAUCUUCUCAGCUCUUCUGCUGUGAGGAAUGCCUGUCUCCAUGCUGACACACCAGCUCCGCCACAAAUUCUUUGUGUGCCAUGGGCAGCACCUGCAUGGCACUGAUCGCCUCAUGGUCCCGUACCUGCAGCAGUCUUGCUGUGGGUGGACUAAUACUGAAUGAACUGGUCUAGUAUGUCAGCCACUCUCACAGCCCAGUGUCCAUCUGCAUCCUCCACCUUUCUCUUCACCGUUUCCUCUGGACAAACAGGUGGAUGGUAGUGCACACAGGCACCUCCCAAGUGGGUCAUCUCUGAUCCACCUCACAGAUCCCAAUUCCCAUUUUUUUUGUUGAGAGUAUUUUCCCUCCCUCCCAGGCAUUCCCUGUGUAGAUACUACAUGCACCAAAUCUUGUGCUGGUCAGAUCCAGGAACAUUUGGGACUGGUAUAAAACAACUGUCCAUGUAAACAUGGCAUCCUGUGCUAAGCAACAGCUGAAAAAGGUUCAUCACCACAUCAUAAGACAGCCCAUCAUCACUUGCUUUUAAAGUCUUAACAGUGUAUGUGAUGAAUCUAAAGGUUGAUUCAGCCAAUGUAAAACCUUUCAUCCCUCAUUUAGUUGGUUUGUCCGUCAUGUAUUGUGUCAUGCCAGGCUUUGCUUUAGGUGCCACCAUCCUUUCAUCAACUGCCAGUUCCCUCCUCGGGUGUUAAUAAGCUGGCUGCCACAGAGGAUUUCGUAAUUUUUUACAUCCUACUCAGGAUCAGUGAGGUGGAUGUUCCAAAAUAUGGCUCUGAACCUGUCUCUUGUCAUUAUGUCAUUGAUGGAAGGGGCACAGACAAGGCAUGAUUGUGUCUCCAGUAGUCUUAGUCUUGGCAGCGAUAUGUAAAUCCAGAGACCAAAAAGCUGAUAGAAAUCUUCUGUUUCUAAAUCAGUCCAUUUGUAUUCUUUGCCUAAAUCCGGAUUUUUGUCAGUGGCGAAAAACAAUAAAAACGGGUCUUUUAGACUACAGCAUUCUCUCAAUUGUCACAGGAGUUACGUCCCGGGACCCCCGCUAUAGGGGAAAAGUAGGAAAUUGAGUCUUUAUAGCAAAAAUAAUUAGAAUUAUAAUCUAAAAA